GCUUCCGGUCUGCAGAUCUGACAGCGCUCACGUUUUCUGCUGCGCCAUUUUCUUUGGGCUGCUUCCUGUGGCGACGUGGGAAGCUGAAUCUUGAUCUUUCUGAAGAGAGCAUCUGGGCUUCAUUGUCUCCACCAGGCCUGAGGGCAACAAAAUAGACCAUAACUGCAAUCAACUGCAAUCCUAUCACACCUUUAUAAUGUUUCCCUUGGCCAAAUAUGCACUACUCAAUAUUCGAAAGAGUGGAAGCAUUCUGCAAAUUGCCGCAAGACAGGCCCAUCUGAAGCAGUCAUCGAAUUUUCAUGACAAAUACGGCAGUACUGUGCUAGCUGGUGGAACCAUUUUCUGUGCUGCUACAUGGGUGUUUUUAACUACACAGAUGGGAAUAGUGUGGAACCCAUCUCCUGUUGGCCGAGUUACCCCAAAAGAGUGGAAAGAAAUGUAAUUACCACCAUUAAUAUAAAACAGAAGUGUUUCAAACCCAACUUGUUAUAUACACAUUCUACUGUUCAUUUAAGAAAACACAACUAAAGAAAUAAAACAUGUUUGAAAUUAUAAAAUCAUUAUAAAUACUCAUUUUAGUGCCUGAAUUCAAUGCUAUGUAAGACUGAAUAUAGAUUUUAGAGGAUUAUGAAUAACAAAUAUUUAAAAGUAGAAUUAAUAAAGUCUGGUUUAUGGCUUACCCCAAGUAUUCAUCUUUGGAUGUACACAUACAUGUCCCUUAUGAAUAAAAU